GGUUACAUAUAUCUUCAAAAUGAAUGAAUAAAUAUAUUUAAAACUCAUAUAAACCAAAAUUCAGGUGAAAUUUAUUGUACUAUACAUUAUUAGUAAAGAUGUACACAGUAUGUUUACAUCUUAAAAUUUUACAGAAUUUUAAUUUUACCAAAAACUUUUUGUUUUGUUAGAAAAUUUAUGCUUAAAACAUGAAUAACACUUUCUAAAAGUUGUAACUGUUUAUUUUGUUCCAUAUUUAUGUUAUAACAACGAUUCAAUGAUUUUCUAGGUUUAAAAAAAUAUUUCAUAAUAAAAAAAAUAUAUUUUUUUUAAACCAGUAUAAAGUUAUUCCUUAUGAGACAGUACCUUCUAUGUAAAUAUUUUUUAUAUAUCGAAAUGCUAUUGUAGCUAAUAUUUUUAUUAUUUAAUAACUACAUUUUGAUAUAGAAUGGGAGAUUCAGGGAAAGCGCAGACGCAAACUACAAAAAAUUGGGAAAAGGAACUGGAAGGGUUACCUUCACAUAAAAUAUAUGAACACUUCAAUGAAAACGAUGAUACAGGCAAUAAGUAUGAUAAAGAAUGUAAAAUAAAUGGUACGGAUAGUAUCAAUUGUACUGAAUUUGAGAAUAUUUGUAAAAAAUUUGCUAAUAGCUUGGAAGAUAUAUUAUGCAAAAAACACGGGAAUGAUACUAUUAAUUACUGUAUAUUGCUGAAAUACUGGGUGUAUGAACAAAUAAAACAAAAAUGUGGAAAUAAUAAUAAGAACAUUAAAGCAGUUUUUCUUACAGAAAAACUAAAAACAAAGUGCAGUAUUCCAUUAAAAAUGAGUGUGAUGUAAAUGGGUGAUUGGGAAGAAGAGAAAGACCUAUAUGAAUAUUUUAUUAAUUUUGAUGAAUUUAAUACUGGUAUUAAAAAUAAGAAGUAUGAAGGUGAAACGUAUAAAAAGUACGUGCAACAUAUUUUGGAUCUAUAUGAAAAAAAUAUAAAUAGAGGUUGUUGUAAGAUUAAAUAUUAUCACCUUUGUGAUCAUUAUUUUAGAUGUAAUCCAAAGUAUCAUCCAAAGGUGCUCUUAUCAAUGUUAGGAGGAUCAACAGAAACAGAAAGUUCUUCAGAAACAGAUGAACAUGGUAUAAAUAUCUCUGAAGAAAUAGAUGAAAAAAAGUAUAUAUAUUUUGGUACAUAUAAACCAAGUGAAAUUGAAGUUGUCGUCCCGAAUGUGCCAUUAGGAUGGCAUAAAAAAAACAAAUAUAAAUCGAGAGUUCAAAACGUUAGGUGUCUUAUGAAUUAUGCAACUAAGGAUAGUGGUUAUGCAUUGGUUUCUUGUUAUAGCUCUGAAAAAGGAUACCCGGAUUAUGAACAUAUAUUUAGACCUACAAAGAAAGAGGAAGAUUUUUAUUCUGAAUUAAUAAAAGACAAAGAAAAAGAAUCCUAUGAUCAUACAAGUUCUAGUUUAGACUAUACGAAUCAAUUUCUUAUAGGUACAAAUAACAAUGGAAGAGUUUUCACAAAAUCUAAUAUUACUGCAGUGAUGCCAGCAUUCAUGCAAGGAUACAGCCCCUUAGGGGAAUUCAUAAGGGAAAAUAAGGAUGAGUAUACUGAAGAAUUUAAAAAGAGUCACAUGACAUCACGGAGGAGGAGAGGGAGAAAGAAAAGAGUGCCUUGUACUUAUAUUAAAAUUAAUGAUGAGACAAAAGUGUGUGUAAAAAAUGAAGACUUGAAAAAUAUUGAAGUUUUUGCAGGUCAAAAAGGUCAGAAUUUAAGUACUGUAGUUAAUGUUAACAGACCAUCUGAAAUAUAUCCUGUUACAGAUGAAUCUCUCAAUAAUUUUGAGACCACAGAGAAUAGUAUAUUCAAAACACCUAUGUUCCGGGGUUCUACCUUAGCAGCAUUAUUAGUAGGAGUAGUUUCUGUUUUUUUUUUUAUUACAAGGUAUAUAAUAAUUAUAAAAUGUGUGCAUAUAUAA